CAGCAGGAGGAGGUGGAGUUAUCCCUUUGUCCCGGGAGCUGGUCUGACAGGAAUCGGGCCAGCAGGAGGGUGGCUCUGGUGGCUCCGGUGGCUCCGGGGUCCCAGUCCUGUCCCUGCUCCCCCCCGGACGYGUUUGGAGCYCGAUGGGGCUGAGGACAGGGCWGGGCAGGGCAGGGCAGACCCCCGGGGCAUCGCGGGGCUCGGAUGGGCUGAGCCGGACCCGCUGAGGAUGUGCCAAGUGGGUCACCUGGAUCCCGGCGGCCACCGAAAGGUGCUGAUGAAAACGGGGCUCAUCCUCCUCAUCCUCGGCCACCUCAACUUCAUCAGCGGCACCCUCGUGCACGGCACCGUCCUGCGCUUCGUGCUCAGGGCCCAGGAUGUCACCUCCCUGCACUACGGGGUCACCAACAGCGCCUCUGCCAUCGCUGCGCUGCUGGUACCGCUGGGACAGGGGCUGGGG